AUUAUUGCUUAUAAAUUAAUUUUUAAACAUACUUAAUAUUCUACAUCGGUGUAUACUGUUGACACAUCACGUUUUCAACUAUAAAAGCAGAGGGUAACAAUUAUUUUCUAUCAGUCACUCAUUGUAAAAAAACAACAUGCAAUUAACGGUAUUUAUAUUUGCUGCAUUAGUCGCUGUAGCCAGGGGCGGAGUGAUUGGGGCACCCGUUGCCGUCGGGCCCGUAUUAGCCGCCCCUGUGGUAGCCGCCAAACUAUCUGACGCCACCUUUGACCCCAAUCCGCAAUACUCUUUCGCCUACGAUGUCCAGGACACGUUGACUGGCGACAGCAAGAGCCAUGUGGAAAGUCGUAACAGCGGAAUCGUACAAGGACAAUAUACUGUUGCCGAUCCUGACGGCACCAGACGCAUCGUGGACUACACCGCCGAUCCCGUCAACGGAUUCAACGCUAUCGUAAGGAAAACACCUUUGGCAUUUGCUGCUCCUGUAGUGGCAAACAGAGCUGUCCAUGCUGCUCCUGUAGUGGCCGCUCCUGCUCCUAUUUUUGCAGCCCGUGAUCCUGCACUAACGGUUGCUCCAGCUUUCCCACGUUUUUCUUCUCCUUAUAUUGCCGCUCCUGCUUUGGCAACAGCCUCUUUGACUUAUCCUAGAUUUACGGCUCCUCUAAAUUAUGCUGUUGUUUAAAACUGAUUGAAUUUAAUAUAAUAUUUUGUAAAUAUUAAACAUAUAUAACUUGAUAUUGAUUAUUAAAU